AUGAAGAAGAAUGAGGCGCCCCAUUCCUUGCAGGUUUCCAUCGGCCUAGCGGACAAGACAAUCUCUGGAAAGUGCUCAUGUGUUGCGGGAAUAAGUAGAUAUUGCCAUCAUGUGAUUAGGGAAGGUACGUUUUUUUAUUGGGGGGGGGGGGGGGGUGGGCCGGGGCCUCGGAGGGGAGGGUCAUUAGUAAAUUUUGUUACAAAUCGGUCAAACCUGUUUUAUUCGCAACCGGGGGAGGGUCACAGUUUUUUUUGGCAAGGAAAAAAUUACUCCAUGUCGAUUAGUUGACUCUCAUUUGUUAACAAACACGCGAAGUGUGUAGAAACCUAAAACUUGUAUACUUGUAUCUAAAUACAAGUAUACAAGAUUGCCAUGGAAUAGUCUUAAUUAAUCGCAAGAUUAAUUUCUCGCAGUAUUAUGUAAAAUAAGAGGUCCUUGAAAAUUGUUCAAUAGACAGGCUACUAUGUAGAGCUGAUUGACAAAGCCAAGGGUGGAUAGGGGGACAUCAGAAUUAAAAAAAUGGAAUUCCCUUAUUCUUCGGAUGGCUCUUCCGACAUGUACUCUGAGCUUUGCAAUAGUUUUUUUUCAAGUACAUUGGCGGCAGAGAACUGCGCUUGAUUCUGAAGAAAAGGGGGAAGAUUUAGCCCCAACCCCUUUUCUCUUAGCAAGGCAUCAAUAUUGAAACCUUUGCCUGCCAUUACCGAGUUACCAGGCUCCAGUAAAUCUAAAAUUCCACUGAAUCUAGUUAUUUCCUUUCUGUAAUGGAUCCUGUGAAUAACAAGGGAAUAAAUGAAACUGCACCAUGUGGGGUGAUUCCAAUUAAUCCCUUCAAUGUGUUGUUGCUCUUAUAACUGGAAUACAGCUGUGACUGGAGUAACAGUGAUGUUGGAGUUUGCACAGAAAUUUCAGUACCAUCUAGAACCACUCUUGUAGUUGGAUAGAGAAGACAAAUCCCUCUAGCAUAUUAUCCUGAACUUCAUUCUUUGAUGGCCAGAUACACUGACUUCCUAAGAUUAAGUAUGGAAGGUUUGCCCAUGUUGUUACUUUCCUACUUACAGAUAACAUGUGAAUCUGUCUAUCCCCUGAUGCAUAGCUAUAUACCAGUCUUUCAGCAUUUGGCUUAACAAACUCACAAAAAAACUAGUAAGUGCUUAUAUGUUGGGAAACCAGUAUAAAACUUAAUGAGGGCAACACCUGAUGAAAAUAGCUCUAUUCCUAAGGCUAGCUGCUCUUGAGCAAGCUUUCUGCAAUUAUCAAUGUCAUUCUGUGCUUGAGCCUUCAGGUCAUUGAUUGUCUGAAUGGUAGCACUCACCUCUUGUUUGGAUAUCUUUAAUUCUUCAUUUGCAUUGUGUAGCUCAGCUGGAACAGCUGUGAGUUGCACUUCCAAUAAUCGAAUUUGGUUGGUAGCACUGGGGUGCCCGUCUGUGUGUUGUUGUGGAUUGUUUCAUAUAAUUAUGUGGAAAUUCAGUUUUAUGACAUCCAUGGGCAUGAUUAACAAAUUAAGGUCCUUAUUUAUAAGAGAUUCUUUCAUCAAGGUUAUUAUUUUCCCAGUAUUUGUAACAUGAGGUGAAACAUGACUACUGAUCACUAAUUCAAGUCAAGUAUUUUAAUAAGUUUUAUGUCAUGGUUCAAUUACAGGAAUAUUUGUUUUUAGCAAGCUCAAUUAUAUUUGUACUGCUUGUGGUAAAGACCUUGAAACCAUUAAUUUAGCUGCUGUUGUCAAAGCUGGUUAUUGCCCUGGUAGUCCCAAUGAUGUCAACUAUAUCUUCCACCAAGACCUUUUUGUACUUUGGAAUGCUUUACAAAAAGAGGAUGCCUGGAACAUCUGAAAAUGCUUUUGUAAGAGCUUUAGAAGAUGUGUCAUCUUUGAAAGGUAGGGUUAGUUUGUUAAGUAUUAUUGGGAGGACUUAAUAAAUUUAUUGUGGAAUUUACCCACCCUCCCCUACUGUAUUUAAGAGAAGCUGGUUUUAACUGGGUGGAAUGGCAUUCAAUAUAGCGAUUUUUCUAUAAUUUACUACUCUAUAUACCAGUGUUUAUUAGCUGUAUUAUUUUGUAUGAAAUAAUAUGUACAUGCUUGAUCAUAACUGAAAACGGAAAAUGCCAUUUUGCCUCUGACAUUUUUUUAUUCCUGUAAGCAACAAUUAUAAAUUGUUGCUAUUAUAUUGUUUUCGAUAUAAAUAUGUAUAAAUAUUAUAUAUAUGUGGAUAUUACUCAUUUUCCAUUUAUUGAAUUCGAAUCAGUAUGUUCCCAAACUCAACACAGUCACAUUCAAUAAGUCAUUCCAUGAGUAGAAGUUUUGCCAGUGUAAUUUGGAUGAACACAAAGAAUUGAACUAUAUGAAAUGUCCGCCAUUUUUGAUUACCCAACAUCCAUGCCAUGUUGAUGGGAACAUGAAAUUAUAUUAAUAGAAAAAAUCUGGAAAGUAUGUAUAGUGCAUCCUCAAGCAACAGUUUAGUUACACCUAACUGCAAGACCCCUUUCAUACAAAAAUAAAAGAAAUGUGCCUUAUUUAAUUAGUAUUUACAAAACAAAAGAAAAAGAUGAGAGCUCUACAUUGUGUAAUGUUCUUCUGUCUUGUUAUUUUUUUUUUGAGAUAACACAACAUUGUUUUACAAUUAGGAUCUCACAUGGUAAAGUAAGAAUUAUUACUGACAGUAUAAAACAGUGGGGAACAGUUACCCUAAAAUUAAAACCAUGAAACAGUAACUAAAUUAUUUUGAUGUUCUUUUUUAUCUAGUAUUUAUUGAGUUGGUACUCCAAUCAUAAAGUAUUAUAACACUUUUAUAUGUAUUGUGACAAAAUUUGUUUGAUGUUUACUAUCACCUAUCUAUAUUAUAUGAUAUGUUUUUUUUAUGUUUAAAUAUUGUACUUCUCACAGAAGAAGGAACCCAUCUCAACUGUUUUAUUUGCAAGAAGGAAGGAAGGAAGAAGGAAGGAAGCCCUAGACAACCACAUAAAGACUGCUUAUUCCAAACAAAAAUUUACAAAGGUGAUGUUUUACCCCAAUUUAUUUGAAUGAAGAAAUAAAAAUGGAUAAUUUGAAUUGCAAAUUAACGGCCAAACACUUUAUUAUUCAGCAAAGUGAAGAUAACAACUCAUAUGGAGAAAGCCACUGGAAGGCAGGUGGUAAUAAACUGAAGGAAUGGGCAAACACGGAUGAGACAGGGCUGGAGAUCGCUGGUGUAGGCAUGGACUUGCGCAAUGGGCGGUCAAUAUGUACCAGGGAGACAUUUACGGAUUCUCCCAUCACAUCCAAUGCAAAAAAAUUGCAUCCUAAUAACGUACGAUCUUUUUGGGAGGAUGUUGUAUGCAAAUACUGGGGCUGUGCUGAAAGAACCAGUAUGAGAAUGGGGAAUAUGCAGCCAGCUCUGUCAGUGAUGCUUGCAAAAGCACACAGUUGGUCUUGUCAAGUACCUUAUUUAUGGUGCAUAGAUUUCAAAUUUAAAACGUACAAAAAAACCUCCUUGUAUCACAACCAGUAUUUUUCUGACAAUUCAAAUCAAGUUUGUAGUCGGUGAGAGUAGGAUUUUUGCAGUAAACGAUCAGGCUAAUUGGAAUAACAGUAAUUUUGAAGAGGAAAAUUUCAGAUAUCUUCUAAAUGUUGUUUUUUAAUUUUGAAUAUACAUGUUUAUAUCAGGAGUUUUUGCAACUGCAUGUCGCUUUUUGUACUUUUGACCUAUUACAUUGAAUACCAUGAACGUUAUCGUAGGUUCUUUGUGGUGGAAGAAGGCAAACUAGGAGUGCAUGCAAAACUGGAGAGGAGGUCGAGCAGAUAAAUUCCUUCUUCUCUAGAUGUGGUAACACAACCAAAUAUAUGCUUCCAGAGAGUAGGUUAAUUUGUCAUCAGAAAAGUAUUCAUAACAAGUAAUCCUGAUCUACGAACACAUUAUUAUUAUAUCCAACAGCUUCUACUUUAAAUAUGUACUUUCCAAUUUCAGUCUGUACUUAUGAAAUUAGUGGUGAAGUGAUAAUACAUAGAUUUAGCGAAGUCUAAAAGCGGAGCUCGCAUUUUUUUUCCCGCACGUCCCAAGGGCACAACGCCUUGCCACGGCCAGGACUAGAACCCGGGUCGUCCGACUCGGAGCCUAGUGCACUGACCACUGGACUACUGGACAAAGCCGUGGCGCUGGCUUGCCCGCGGUACAGUUGACCACACAUGUUAAAAGUAGCACCUUGUUCGGUCGGUCGUACGGCGGUAAGUCAAAAUUUUUUCGGCUUGAUGCUUUACCACUACCAUUUUGUAUAAUUAUUGGGCUAUGCUCUACGAGCUUCGCUAUAAGUAUAAUCCCACAGUUCAACCAAUAAGGAUAAACUAAAUAAUCUGCCCUCACUGGUUCAACUGUGGGAUAUCACACAUCACACCACCAAUUUUAAAAGUACAGUAGUUAAAAAAGGAAAGCACAGAUUUAAACUUUAAGAAAUUAUCCAUAACACAUUGAUGUGGUGUUGUCCAGUCAGUUUUCCAUAACUUGAAUUGAAGUAAACUUGAUUAGGUCUAUAUGACCUUCUAACAGAGCAUGCUCUAGCCUGGAAUAGGAGGAAGGUUACUAAAAAGGUGCUUUGCAAUCGCUACACAACAGUAAGUGAAUGGAAAGAAAUACAAUAUAUAAUUUUUUAUCAUUGUUUGUUUUCAUAUUUUAUAAUUUUGAUUUCUUUUUAUGCACAGGCUCUUAAAAUGAAGUCAUCCUCUAUAAACCAUUACAAAGAAGCUGUAGCUCUUCAAGACUGUACUAUUAAUGCAUGGAAUCAUUACUGGAAACAUGGAAAUCUGAAGUUUUGCAGGAUGCAAAAGGUACAUGUACCGAGAUUGCACAGAAUGUUACAUUACUCAGUCCAUUUCACAUGGUAUUCAUGGAUCUAUAUUAUUGACUAUGUAAAGUAUUUCAACAUGAUUUAAUUUUAAGCAAAGGGUUUAUGGCUGAGAGGGUGUCUCCAUUUGCCUCCAUUUUUUUCGCAAAAACAUUUUUUGUUAAAAUAAUUACAUAAAUGACAAGAAUAAUAACAAUGAUAACAAUGAUGAUAUGGAUUUUUCCCUGAAUACGAAUAGAUAUUUUAUUUGUUUCUUACAACAUACAUGUACCCUCUGUAUCAAAACAAUCAUCAUCCAGUGAUUGAUUACAUUGUAAAAUAUCAGCCAGUAGUCAUGCAGGAAAAAGUCCCAAAUAUAUCACAUGCCAAUAAUUUUAUGGUAAUGAUUGAGCACUCACGCUGUUUUCUGAUUAAAAAUUUGUUCAACAAUGUUAAUUACAUUGUAAAGUUGUAUAUUAUAGACUUCACCGAUAUAUUUUCUUACUAAAGCAUCACAAACACAAGUUACAAGUGAUAUCCAGAUGUCUUCCAUUCAGCAUCAAAUGAAAAUGCUUUUUUUUUUCCAAUGUUCAGACUAAAAGGACUAUUAAUAAACUUGCAGGUGAGGAAGAUGGGCGAAGUAAAGUAGAUUAAACAAGGAAAGAUCACAUACGUUGCAGGUUUGGGAACCUGACAAAACACUUGUAUAAAUUGAGCCAACUGUUUAUUAUUAUUAUAAUUUUUUUUCCAUGAAUGUUUUAUCUGGUUUCCGAAAACCUUAAAAUGAAUCCAAAUGGUUUUUUUUCAACUGUUACUAUUUUGUGCAAAUUCGGUAGUAGGUAGCUCAAAGCAACGUACUCGUCUCAGAAAGAGGUAGGUGGACAACAAUAAGAAGCUGAAGACCCUCCAAGAAAAAUAUAAUGCUGUCCUGAAAGAGGAAGGUAGCUUACGGACAGAACUCCUCCUUGCUGAUUUGCAAAAUGGUAAAUUCCCAUGGAAAACAGACACCAGGUAAUAGAUAAGACCAAAAUAUUCCAUUACCUGUUGAGAAUUCACCAAAUUGCGGACAGUUUUGAGAUGUAUGUCCUCUUAAUGACACACUCUUAGCGUCAUAAAAUGUUCAAAACUUAAUUCACUUACACAAUUUAAACACGAUUAUACACAAUUAUGUGGUUUUUCUCAGUUGAUCGGAAAGUCCCUGGCCAACUUAAACAAUAAUCGACCUCAGACUACGGCCUACUUACCAGAUGCAUCAGCCAACCCAUCCCAUUCAUAUAGAAUAUAUCAAAGAAAGUAUUAUUACUCAUUAGUAGUAACACCGUCCCUUAAAAUUUCUCAGAGGCACCAAUAAGAGUUAAAAAGAAUAUCGUAAAGCUGUGGGAGAUCAGUAAGAGAAGGGAGGGGGAAGUUGAGCUUUUGCUUCUAGAGAUGAGAAAUUUUGUAAGGUUUUGUACCUUGUUUCCUUUUUCUUUUAUUAACAUUUUUGCCAUUGUCUGCCAUUUCCCGUGUCUGAUAUUAUUUCCCAUGUCUGAUGCUAUUUUCCGUGUCUGUAUUUACUGAGUAGAUUUCGACUUAUCGCCGUGCUUUAUGUUAAUGCUCGAGUCCUUAAAUUAUUCGUUACAAUCACCGAGUUCGAAAUUGGUCUCAUUGCCGGAGCCUUAUAAGUCUCUCAAUCGCCGACUCAGAUAACCGCAGAGUACUCUCCUACCCAGAAUUCUCACGGUACAAGGUUAGGAUAGUUUUAGAUAGAGGGUCUCAAUAUGGCGUAACAUACCGUUCAAAAUCCAAGUGCUAAUCGAAGUUGCUGCUGUUCUUUUUACCAUUCAAACAGUCAACUGACAUUUCUGUUGGAGUCGAACCAACUCCCGGCAACAAGAAAGCUACAAGAAAGCUACCAGAAAUUUUUAUUUAGACUGCCUAAACAAUUGGCCCAAAUGUUAAUAAAAGAAAAAGGAAACUGAAAACAGGAAAAAGAAGGAAAGAUAAAAGAAGAACAGGAAAUGAAAAAAGAGAAAGAAAAUUAUGCAUCAUCUUUAAAGUUUUAUUUUUCCGUUCCAUUAUUAAAAUGCACUACAUGUAUUAUAAUUAUCAUAUAUAUUACAUUUUGAUGACAUAGGUUUACCAGAUAUAAUUGUAGGUUCGCAUCCUCAGGCCGCAAUUAAUCAAGGGCAGAAAAACUAAACACUACAAAAACAUGUAAUAUACUCCUGUAGGAGUCGAACCACGGAAUAGCAUUGGAGCUGCUAUUUACGUGAAAUUGAGUGGAAAAUAAUUAUACCGCGCCAAUUCAUUAUAAAUCAAAGACAAUUCAAAAAUGUACAAUACAGAAAUUUCCGCAUGUGCCGUUCUGAAGUUUCUUAACACUUUGACACCUCAUUAUAAAUUCUGUUAGGUUCUCUACGGUUCCAAGAUUAACAAUCGCACCACAAUGGCCAUGACAAAGAGUGUCGAUGUGUAUAAUCGCACCUCCGACAGCAACGAAGAGGAAAGUCUUUUCGUUUACAGUAAAAAGGGCAGAGCAAACACCUAUGGUUCCGUUGCUUAAAUUCGGCUACCUUUCCGUCUAUCUUGGAAAUGGACAUUUCGGUAUAAAACCUUCCAAAGUUUCUCAUCUCUAGAAGCAAAAGCUUAACUUCCCCCUCCCUUCUCUUACUGAUCUCCCACAGCUUUACGAUAUUCUUUUUAACUCUUAUUGGUGCCCCUGAGAAAUUUUAAGGGACGGUGUUACUACUAAUGAGUAAUAAUACUUUCUUUGAUAUAUUCUAUAUGAAUGGGAUGGGUUGGCUGAUGCAUCUGGUAAGUAGGCCGUAGUCUGAGGUCGAUUAUUGUUUAAGUUGGCCCGGGACUUUCCGAUCAACUGAGAAAAACCACAUAAUCGUGUAUAAUCGUGUUUAAAUUGUGUAAGUGAAUUAAGUUUUGAACAUUUUAUGACGCUAAGAGUGUGUCAUUAAGAGGACAUACAUCUCAAAACUGUCCGCAAUUUGGUGAAUUCUCAACAGGUAAUGGAAUAUUUUGGUCUUAUCUAUUACCUGGUGUCUGUUUUCCAUGGGAAUUUACCAUUUUGCAAAUCAGCAAGGAGGAGUUCUGUCCGUAAGCUACCUUCCUCUUUCAGGACAGCAUUAUAUUUUUCUUGGAGGGUCUUCAGCUUCUUAUUGUUGUCCACCUACCUCUUUCUGAGACGAGUACGUUGCUUUGAGCUACCUACUACCGAAUUUGAACAAAAUAGUAACAGUUGGAAAAGAACCAUUUGGAUUCAUUUUAAGGUUUUCGGAAACCAGAUAAAACAUUCAUGGAAAAAAAAUUAUAAUAAUAAUAAACAGUUGGCUCAAUUUAUACAAGUGUUUUGUCAGGUUCCCAAACCUGCCACAUAUGUGAUUUUUCCUUGUUUAAUCUACUUUACUUCGCCCAUAUUCCUCACCUGCAAGUUUAUUAAUAGUCCUUUUAGUCUGAACAUUGGAAAAAAAAAAAAGCAUUUUCAAUUGAUGCUGAAUGGAAGACAUCUGGGUAUCACUUGUAACUUGUGUUUGUGAUGCUUUAGUGAGGAAAUAUAUUGGUGAAGUCUAUAAUAUACAACUUUACAAUUUAAUUAACAUUAUUGAACAAAUUUUCAAUCAGAAAACAGCGUGAGUGCUCAAUCAUUACCAUAAAAUUAUUGGCAUGUGAUAUAUUUGGGACUUUUUCCUGCAUGACUACUGGCUGAUAUUUUACAAUGUAAUCAAUCACUGGAUGAUGAUUGUUUUGAUACAGAGGGUACAUGUAUGUUGUAAGAAACAAAUAAAAUAUCAACUCGUAUUAAGGGAAAAAUCCAUAUCAUCAUUGUUAUCAUUGUUAUUAUUCUUGUCAUUUAUGUAAUUAUUUUAACAAAACAUGUUUUUGCGAAAAAAAUGGAGGCAAAUGGAGACACCCUCUCAGCCAUAAACCCUUUGCUUAAAAUUAAAUCAUGUUGAAAUACUUUACAUAGUCAAUAAUAUAGAUCCAUGAAUACCAUGUGAAAUGGACUGAGUAAUGUAACAUUCUGUGCAAUCUCGAUACAUGUACCUUUUGCAUCCUGCAAAACUUCAGAUUUCCAUGUUUCCAGUAAUGAUUCCUUGCAUUAACAGUACAGUCUUGAAGAGCUGCAGCUUCUUUGUAAUGGUUUAUAGGGGAUGACUUCAUUUUAAGAGCCUGUGCAUAAAAAGAAAUCAAAAUUAUAAAAUAUGAAAACAAACAAUGAUAAAAAAUUAUAUAUUGUAUUUCCCUCCAUUCACUUACUGUUGUGUAGCGAUUGCAAAGCACCUUUUUAGUAACCUUCCUCCUAUUCCAGGCUAGAGCAUGCUCUGUUAGAAGGUCAUAUAGACCUAAUCAAGUUUACUUCAAUUCAAGUUAUGGAAAACUGACUGGACAACACCACAUCAAUGUGUUAUGGAUAAUUUCUUAAAGUUUAAAUCUGCGCUUUCCUUUUUUAACUACUGUACUUUUAAAAUUGGUGGUGUGAUGUGUGAUAUCCCACAGUUGAACCAGUAAGGGCCGAUUAUUUAGUUUAUCCUUAUUGGUUGAACUGUGGGAUUAUACUUAUAGCGGAGCUCGUAGAGCGUAGCCCAAUAAUUAUACAAAAUGGUAGUGGUAAAGCAUCAAGCCGAAAAAAUUUUGACUUACCGCCGUACGACCGACCGAACAAGGUGUUACUUUUAACAUGCGUGGUCAAGUGUACCGCGGGCACGCCAACGCCACGGCUUUGUCCAGUAGUCCAGUGGUCAGUGCACUAGGCUCCGAGUCGGACGAUCCGGGUUCUAGUCCUGGCCGUGGCAAGGCGUUGUGCCCUUGGGACGUGCGGGAAAAAAAAUGCGAGCUCCGCUUUUAGACUUCGCUAAAUCUAUGUAUUAUCACUUCACCACUAAUUUCAUAAGUACAGACUGAAAUUGGAAAGUACAUAUUUAAAGUAGAAGCUGUUGGAUAUAAUAAUAAUGUGUUCGUAGAUCAGGAUUACUUGUUAUGAAUACUUUUCUGAUGACAAAUUAACUUACUCUCUGGAAGCAUAUAUUUGGUUGUGUUACCACAUCUAGAGAAGAAGGAAUUUAUCUGCUCGACCUCCUCUCCAGUUUUGCAUGCACUCCUAGUUUGCCUUCUUCCACCACAAAGAACCUACGAUAACGUUCAUGGUAUUCAAUGUAAUAGGUCAAAAGUACAAAAAGCGACAUGCAGUUGCAAAAACUCCUGAUAUAAACAUGCAUAUUCAAAAUUAAAAAAAACAUUUAGAAGAUAUCUGAAAUUUUCCUCUUCAAAAUUACUGUUAUUCCAAUUAGCCUGAUUGUUUACUGCAAAAAUCCUACUCUCACCGACUACAAACUUGAUUUGAAUUGUCAGAAAAAUACUGGUUGUGAUACAAGGAGGUUUUUUGUACGUUUUAAAUUUGAAAACUAUGCACCAUAAAUAAGGUACUUGACAAGACCAACUGUGUGCUUUCGCAAGCAUCACUGACAGAGCUGGCUGCAUAUUCCCCAUUCUCAUACCGGUUCUUUCAGCACAGCCCCAGUAUUUGCAUACAACAUCCUCCCAAAAAGAUCGUACGUUAUUAGGAUGCAUUUUUUUGCAUAAUUUGGAUGUGAUGGGAGAAUCCGUAAAUGUCUCCCUGGUACAUAUUGACCGCCCACUGCGCAAGUCCAUGCCUACGCCAGCGAUCUCCAGCCCUGUCUCGUCCGCGUUUGCCCGUUCCUUCAGUUUAUUACCACCUGCCUUCCAGUGGCUUUCUCCACAUGAGUUGUUAUCUUCACUUUGCUGAAUAAUAAAGUGUUUGGCCGUUAAUUUGCAAUUCAAAUUAUCCAUUUUUAUUUCCUCAUUCAAAUAAAUUGGGGUAAAACAUCACCUUUGUAAAUUUUUGUUUGGAAUAAUCAGUCUUUAUGUGGUUGUCUAGGUCUUCCUUCUUGCAAAUAAAACAGUUGAGAUGGGUUCCUUCUUCUGUGAGAAGUACAAUAUUUAAACAUAAAAAAACACAUCAUAUAAUGUAGAUAGGUGAUAAUAAACAUCAAACAGAUUUUGUCACAAUACAUAUGAAAGUGUUGCAAUACUUAAUGAAUGGAGUACCAACUCAAUAAAUACUAGAUAAAAAAAGCACAUCAAAAUAAUUUAGUUACUGUUUCAUGGUUUUAAUUUUAGGGUAACUGUUCCCCACUGUUUUAUACUGUCAGUAAUAAUUCUUACUUUACCAUGUGAGAUCCUAACUGCAAAACAAUGUUGUGUUAUCCAAAAAAAAAAUAACAAGACAGAAGAACAUUACACAAUGUAGAGCUCUCAUCUUUUUCUUUUGUUUUGUAAAUACUAAUUAAGUAAGGCACAUUUCUUUUAUUUUUGUAUGAAAGGGGUCUUGCAGUUAGGUGUAACUAAACUGUUGCUUCAGCAUGCACUAUACAUACUUUCCAGAUUUUUUGUAUCAAUAUAAUUUCAUGUUCCCAUCAACAUGGCAUGGAUGUUGGGUAAUCAAAAAUGGUGGACAUUUCAUCUAGUUCAAUUCUUGGUGUUUAUCCAAAUUAUACUGGCAAAACUUCUACUCAUGGAAUGACUUAUUGAAUGUGACUGUGUUGAGUUUGGGAACAUACUGAUUCGAAUUCAAUAAAUGGAAAAUGAGUAAUAUCCACAUAUAUAAAAUAUUUAUACAUAUUUAUAUCGAAAACAAUAUAAUAGCAACAAUUUAUAAUUGUUGCUUACAGGAAUAAAAAAAUGUCAGAGGCAAAAUGGCAUUUUCCAUUUUCAGUUAUGAUCACCAUGUACAUAUUAUUUCAUACAAAAUAAUACAGCUAAUAAAAACUAGUAUAUAGAGUAGUUAAUUAUAGAAAAAUCGCUAUAUUGAAUGCCAUUCCACCCAGUUAAAACCAGCUUCUCUUAAAUACAGUGGGGGAGGGUGGGUAAAUUCCACAAUAAAUUUAUUAAGUCCUCCCAAUAAUACUUAACAAACUUACCCUACCUUUCAAAGAUGACACAUCUUCUAAAGCUCUUACAAAAGCAUUUUCAGAUGUUCCAGGCAUCCUCUUUUUGUAAAGCAUUCCAAAGUACAAAAAGGUCUUGGUGGAAGAUAUAGUUGACAUCAUUGGGACUACCAGGGCAAUAACCAGCUUUGACAACAGCAGCUAAAUUAAUGGUUUCAAGGUCUUUACCACAAGCAGUACAAACAUAAUUGAGCUUGCUAAAAACAAAUCAUCCUGUAAUUGAACCAUGACAUAAAACUUAUUAAAAUACUUGACUUAAAUUAGUGAUCAGUAGUCAUGUUUCACCUCAUGUUACAAAUACUGGGAAAAUAAUAACCUUGAUGAAAGAAUCUCUUAUAAAUAAGGACCUUAAUUUGUUAAUCAUGCCCAUGGAUGUCAUAAAACUGAAUUUCCACAUAAUUAUAUGAAACAAUCCACAACAACACACAGACGGGCACCCCAGUGCUACCAACCAAAUUCGAUUAUUGGAAGUGCAACUCACAGCUGUUCCAGCUGAGCUACACAAUGCAAAUGAAGAAUUAAAGAUAUCCAAACAAGAGGUGAGUGCUACCAUUCAGACAAUCAAUGACCUGAAGGCUCAAGCACAGAAUGACAUUGAUAAUUGCAGAAAGCUUGCUCAAGAGCAGCUAGCCUUAGGAAUAGAGCUAUUUUCAUCAGGUGUUGCCUCCAUUAAGUUCUAUACUGGUUUCCCAACAUAUAAGCACUUACUAGUUUUUUUGUGAGUUUGUUAAGCCAAAUGCUGAAAGACUGGUAUAUAGCUAUGCAUCAGGGGAUAGACAGAUUCACAUGUUAUCUGUAAGUAGGAAAGUAACAACAUGAGCAAACCUCCCAUACUUCAUCUUAGGAAGUCAGUGUAUCCGGCCAUCAAAGAAUGAAGUUCAGGAUAAUAUGCUAGAGGGAUUUGUCUUCUCUAUCCAACUACAAGAGUGGUUCUAGAUGGUACUGAAAUUUCUGUGCAAACUCCAACAUCACUGUUACUCCAGUCACAGCUGUAUUCCAGUUAUAAGAGCAACAACACAUUGAAGGGAUUAAUUGGAAUCACCCCACAUGGUGCAGUUUCAUUUAUUCCCUUGUUAUACACAGGAUCCAUUACAGAAAGGAAAUAACUAGAUUCAGUGGAAUUUUAGAUUUACUGGAGCCUGGUAACUCGGUAAUGGCAGGCAAAGGUUUCAGUAUUGAUGCCUUGCUAAGAGAAAAGGGGUUGGGGCUAAAUCUUCCCCCUUUUCUUCAGAAUCAAGCGCAGUUCUCUGCCGCCAAUGUACUUGAAAAAAAACUAUUGCAAAGCUCAGAGUACAUGUCGGAAGAGCCAUCCGAAGAAUAAGGGAAUUCCAUUUUUUUAAUUCUGAUGUCCCCCUAUCCACCCUUGGCUUUUUCAAUCGGCUCUACAUAGUAGCCUGUCUAUUGACCAAUUUUCAAGGACCUCUUAUUUUACAUAAUACUGCGAGAAAUUAAUCUUGCAAGUAAUUAAGACUAUUCCAUGGCAAUCUUGUAUUCCUUAAGCACCAUACUGACAGUCUUACCAAUUAUUAAGAAUCAAUGCAAAAAACAGUUAAAAAAGUGUUUCAAAAAGUGUUUGUUGUGAUUUGCCCCUGUUUGCAGUUUCUUUACCAACACCUCCUGGAUCUCUUACUACUGUAAAGUUUUUCCCCCUGGGAUGCUCCAACGCCGUUGCAUACUUAUUUCGACACCUGUAAAUAAUUUAGAUUAAUCUUGACUGGUAGCUUUGCUUGUAUAUACAAGUUUUAGGUUUCUACACAAUUCGCGUGUUUGUUAACAAAUGAGUCGACUAAGCGACAUGGAGUAAUUUUUUCAUUGCCAAAAAAAACUAACCCUUCCCCGGUUGCGAAUAAAACAGGUUUGACCAAUUUGUAAAAAAAUUUACUAAUGACCCUCCCCUCCGAGGCCCCCGCCCACCCCUACCCCCCAUAAAAAAACGUACCUUCCCUAAUCACAUGAUGGCAAUAUCCACUUAAUUCCGCAACACAUGAGCACUUUCCAGAGAGUGUCUUGUCCGCAAGGCCAAUGGAAACUUCCAAGGAAUGGGGCAUUCAUUGACCAGAAGCAUUUGUAGGUAACUGUUGCGGAUCCCAGAGGGUAAGUUACUAGAAAGAGUAGUAGUUUCCGCUCGGACGAUCCUGUACGAUGGAAGAAAUUUUGCACCCAAAACGCUCCACACUCUUUUAAAACGCAAAAAUUCUUAAAAUCUAUCCAAGAAUGAGCUUCAAAUACUAAAAUACAAGGAAUAUCAGGGCAAAAUACGCUUCGUUUUCUCUUUAAUAGUCACUCUGGACCUUCCUCGAAAGCUUUCUUCAAUUCAACGAUAGGCUCUCAAGCAUGGCGUUGCUAUGCGGUAACCAACCACGUGAUCAAGAAGUAAGCUAGGUCACUCUGCAAGCAGCCUAUAGAAAAUCAAUAAAUGUUGCGUGACGUCAUAGUGACAGUCUCCCUCCUGUUUUUACCUCUUCCGCUUUCAUUUCGCCUGACUGAUUCGAUAGUGGGUAAAUUGCGAAGAAUGGCCAAAAAAAUGUGCAUCAAUGCCCCAGAAUCAUUGCAGUCUGCCUUUUUAAAAUGGGUUUCAGAAAAACGCCAAGAUCGCUUGUCUAUCCUAAUCACUGGCAAGACCGGAGUCGGUAAAUCUCGUCUUGUAAACGCUCUUGUUGAAAAGCCAGUUGCGAAGGAAGGUCGCUCCACAAGCGCUUGUACCAACACCGUCACUUCGUACAAAACUGAAAUCAGUGGUGUUGAAGUAGUUGUGUGGGAUUCACCAGGUCUGCAAGAUGUAACGUGCAAUGAAAGACUGUAUCUUCAGGAGAUGGAGAGCAAGUUAAGUCAGGGUAUCGAUGUUAUGAUUUACUGCAUCAGUAUGACCGAUAGGCGGUUUUAUGACACGGAUAAACAUGCAAUCCGUACCCUGACAAAGGCUUUUGGGAGUAAACUAUGGGAGAAUAGUGUGGUGGCUUUAACCUUUGCUAACUUUAAGACCAAAGAUCCAGAUGAAGUGGAUGACCUUGCUUACUUCUUGAGUGAGAAGUGCAUCUGGAAAAAAGAAAUCGAUGAAUUCCUAGCCAAGCUCAACGUUGAUUUACAAGUGUGCCAACAGAUUCCAAUUGUCCCGACGGGAAAUUUUAAACAACUUUGCCUUCCCGGUUGUGAGAACUGGCUCUCGGAUCUGUGGGGAAAAUGCUUCAGUGUCAGGAGUACUUCGUCAGGGUUAGUAUUCUUCAAAAUUAACGAGAGCCGUUUGAAAUAUCUAGACAGUUCUCCAGCCACCGCAAGCACGGCCGCCGCUGCCCGCUCUUCUGACGAAAAUCCAAUGCUGAUGAAUGAGGAUGAAAAUCAAUCAGCUUACAACCCUGAUCAUGAGGAUAUCCCAAGAGAGAUUCCUCAGAAUCAAGAGCAAGAAGAUGGGCCGUUAAAGAGACUAUGGGAGGCUUUCUUUAGUGGACUUCCAUAAAGCAGCUAAAAACUUUGGUCGUCGCAUAUUGCGAUUUUUUGGCCAGACGAGGUAAUUCAAAUGUAAACUAGCAAACGAGUUUUCACGCGAAAACCAAUAUGUUUUGUUCAGAGAACUUGAAGUUUUUCUCUCUUUUACAUGUGCUUAGAGAAUUGAAACUGAUCCUUUCCUGUAGCGUAAAUAGUUAUGACUUAGGGGUAGUCAAUUCCACGAAUUUUGAAAAGCACACCACAGAUGUAUCUAUCCCCUAAUAAGAAUCUUGAGCAAACGGCGGGCCUAGCAAAACAAAAGAUCUCAUGGGCAGAAAAAUUGCCCAGCACGUGCGUUUUAAAUUUUUGUACAUUUCUUGGUUUUCCUCUACAAAACAACAACGUUAAACCACCAAAAUUUGCGUCAUCUGAUGAGAACUGAAACCACGACGGCAAAUUAUUUAAGUUUCCAUCUGGAACUCAAUGUUUCUCAUAAACAUUUUGCCGAAGUUGAGGUGUAGCACUGUAACGGUAAACACAUCUAGCCAUUGUGAGAUUCUGGUUGAAAUUUUCAAUUCAUUUUUUAAUCGACGUCUUCCACAGUGUUGUCUUCCUGACUGCUUAAGUUCCCUAAUGUACGUUGACAUUUGACUGCCCCCACGGCUCGUGUUUCACAUCAGAUCGUAAGCGUAAACGAUUCAUUAAUAACUCGCGCCUACACAGAAGUGGAUUGUUUGUAUUACAGAAAUAACGACUUAAUCGAACAUAUCGUUAUCAAUUAUCAAUCGCCCUUUGCGAAGGGUCACACAAUGGUUUAAUAGCGUUAAUUAUUCAGAUCUUCAUCCGUCGGUUAAAGAAAUCUUAUUUGGGUUAUUUGCUACCUUUUCAGUCGUAAAUGAAGUUUUAUCAUGUAAAGUAAUCAUGCAAUGUUACAUCUACACCAGCAAAGUAUAACUAAACAAUAAAAGUAAAAGAAAAAUAGUAAUUAACUCUAAAAACGAGUUUUGAAAUGAAAAUUCGCGUGUUAAAGGUGAAGAUCGAUUGCGUUACUCCGUUUAGAAUCAUCCCCAUCACAGGGGGAAGCCCAAAUGAAGGCCAUUGCUACCCUUAGUUCAUUUUGUUAAACGAUAAAAAUACAACUAUAUUUAAUCUGAAGUAUCGUAAGGGUUUCCUUAUAUUGGUGUCGGGGGAAGGAAUGGAAAUAUUAUAUUACUUUAAACCAUUCCUGCAAAAAAGAAAAAAUUAUAAAAAGGCAGGUUGAUUACUUCUUAUUCCUUUUGGAAGCCUUAUCUUAAAGGUAGAGUUUGGUCACGUUUCCCUCGUUAUGAUCGUGAAGUUGACAUGGACGGUAAUAAGAACUCGUGAUAAUGUCUUGGGAAAGCUAUGUUAUUAAUUAAGUUAAUUUGUUAAUCCAGGAAGAGUGAAUCGCUCUGGUAAAAGGUCACGUUCGACACCUCAUGUUCUUAAAGGUGUAAACAUGUGAUACUCUUCAUGUUCCGCAAUCAGAAAAUUACGUAGCAACUUGUGAACGCCCCAUCUUCUCCAACUUUUGUAAUCAUGAUGUUGUUAUGUAACGGUCUUCUAAGGCAAUUUUCUCUUAAGAUACCCUUUCAGAUGUAAAUAAUAUUCUGUCAAUAGGUUAGUUAUGAUUUUUAUAUAACUAAUCUCGUUUCUGUUCUGGCCGAUCUUAACUGUAAGAAUUAGAAAUUUAAGGUAGAAAGUGAUUUUGUAACAGCGCAAAUAACUCUAAUUAUUUCAGAGUGUAUGCGUGUUGUUCUGUAAAUAUAAACACUGCAACCUAUUUUAACUUGUUUUUGUGUCCUUUUUAAUCAACGCGAUAUGUCUGUUAUGACCAGAGUGCCAAAUUGUAUUCUUUAAUUUUGAUCUUCUCCACACUGUGCAUAAUUCAUGACCUGAUAUUUCAACGUAAAUUAUCGAGAAGGCCUUCCUAUCACCUUUGUCUACUUUGUAAGUCACGCAAGCGCGCAAGCGUUACGACCGAUAACGUUUACGCAACGUUUUAGGACAACUCGGUAUCUGAUCUCCAUUCAGUUGCUGUGAAAACCUAAAAUCCUCAACGUAGAAGAUAAACGAACGAAGUCUGAACUGUCAAAAGGAGAUCUUGGUCAAUUCCAAGAAUCAUGCAAAUGAUCUUUGACACGAGCGCAAUUGAGCGAACACAUGGAUUUGCGUUGUUUUUAAGAAGUUGGUGGAUGGAAGCUAGAGAUAUACCCGCGGAUUUGAGGCAAUCCGUGACUUCAUUGGUUUAUAAACUAUGCACUGAUAUGCUUUUUUGGCCCGAUUAACGCCUGCAUUUUGAGAAUUCUUUCGUACAAAGUAGUGAAUUUUUGAUAUGCAAAUUAAGGUCGAAGAGCAGGGUCUCCUCUGAUCACGCUGGUAUGAAAAAUGUUUCAGCUGAAGUUUCCAUAUUUUGUCUGUGAACUAACUGAAUACACCUUGUAACUUGUAGCAAAAUAGAAUUCCGUAAGCUACAUUGUUGCAGUCGCUGCGCGCUGGACAAAAUCUUUGAAAUUGACACUUUCGAUCGCUGUUCACAGGGGUAGUCUGGCCAAAAAUGAGUUUUGGCUUGUGGCGAAGCAAAAAAAGAGAAUUGGAGAACAACUAAACUAUUUUUGAAACAUGUGUCCUAAACCCUUUUCAUAGGCAAAAAAUAAAAGAAAACUUUUUUCCGACGGGAAGUCGAGAGGACCGCUCUUAGCGAGAGUGGCACUUAAGGUAGCUCUGAACUGCUCAAACAGAAUUUUUAUACAAUUGGAAAAUCACAAUUUAGUAUUUAAGUAAAUAGCCACCAAUAUCAAAAUUAACCACCCACAGGGUAAACAUAGUAAGUUAAUUGGCAAUCACAGAAAUUUCAUUUAGCUCAAUGGUUAAUGUUUAAAUGCUACAAACGAUAACCUCCACCAACAUCAACAUGAACUACUUAAAAGAAGUCUUUCAUAUUUUCUGAAUCUUAAAUAACCCCAGACUAAGCAAUCAAACUAUCCAAAUCUUUGAAAAUUUCAAAUUUCGUAGAAGAUAAUAAUUUACAAAUUUGCCCGCCAUAUUGAAAAGGGAAUUACUGCAUCACGGGCGACGAGCCGUGGAAUUAAAAAACAGGACAGAUCUUGAUGUUUCAAUGACCAAAACCUUGUGAUUUUCUUCCAGUCUCACGAUAAUUUGUAUUAUGAUACAUGUAUCAAUCUCAUAGUGUCCACACUGAUGGCUAUUAUGGAUACAGUGGAAGACAAAUUCACUGUAAACAUAUGGGACUACGCAAAAAUUCAACUUGGAUGUAUGGUCGAUAUCAAACAUCACAUAUCCUGGAAAGUUAACUUACAACCUGCUUCCACGUAUGACGAAGAUCUGGUCUCUUUUAUAAAGGAUAGGGUGCUGUCCCCCAAUGCUCUCCAGCAAGUUACAGUUGGGUUACAACGCUCUCCCAGAAGGGCACAAAUUUGCAACAAAAUUACUCUUCACUUAAUAAUGCGUGCUUUUCUAUUUAAAUCAGCGGCUGACAUAUGCCACUUUCCUUCUUUUGAUCUAUUUAAAAUAAAGCCCCUUGAACUAAAUUAUAAGGAAUACCAUAAUUAUACGUAUUUUAUGUUACCACAUUUUACAUACUUUUUCAACUAUGCAUUACAAACAUUAAAAUGAAAUAAAAACCAAUUCAUGCACAAAUGAAUUCUUACUUUAAUACAGACAGGUGUCCCUACAGGUGUUAGCAAGAACUUGGUCUUGUCGGUAUUCAUUGUGAGCGUUUGGUGAUCCAUAUAUCAGUGGAGACACUCUCUGCAACUAUCUCUGUCAAGAAAAGACCAAUCCUUUCACCCUUACUUAAUUUCAUUCAUACAGGCAUGGAUGAGAACCUGCAGCAAAACAAAGUAAAAAAAGAGUGCCAAUAAGGUGGCAAGCUCCAUUGUAAACAUUUUCUUGACAAAUUAUGCACUGGUUAUAAAAAGGUAUAUGUUGUGCUUAAUUUUUGUCCUUGGUCUAGACAUCAUUUUCCUUUUGGUUUUGUUAACGAUUUGAAUAAAAAAUGCAUUUUGUGUAAAGAAAGAAAAUAAAGCUCCUAGCCAAAGUUAUGGUGAGAAGACAUGUCACUAUCAAUUUGGCCUCUAUUAAAAGUAAAAUAAUUAAACUAAGGAUAAAAAUAAAUCACAGUAUACCUAUACUAAACCCUCAGCCUAUUUGUAUCAAUAUUACUAUUUUUUCUGGUGUUUACCCAAUAAAUUCAAUCCACUUACAGACAAAGAUAGUGCCUGUACAUUUGACCAUCUCUCUUAGGGUAAGGCACAUGUAGAAAGCAAUAUUUCACAAAACAACAACAUUAUGUAUGCAAGGUUUAAAUUUUUUCAGACCUUUUCUGCUUGAUUUUAUGAGCGGUUCCAGGAUUUUCUUGCGCAAAGAGCUCAGGGUGAAUGUACCAGUCGUCAUGUAUUUUGGUAUGGUGGUUUACAGUAACUGUUGUAUAAAGUAACCUUCCUCGAUAUUAAUUUCGUGAACUUGUCAUUGACAAAGAGCUAUUAAAUGAUAGACAUUCAUCGCCAUUUCAUUGAUUACUGUGCUCUACAGUCAUCAUUGAACUGCUAAAUAAUUUCUUUGCCAUCAGAAAUUGCAUUAAAUAUACUAUGUUAGAGAUCACAGCACUGUGCCCCAAAAUCUAAUGUCGUCUGGAUCACAAUUUCAUAUAUUUUAUUAAGGCAAAGGUAAAAAUCAAACAAGAUCACACAGACGUUAUGUCUGAGACAACAUUGCUAUGUAUAAUGUUUAUAUAGUUAGUUACGGAAAAGCUACUCUAUUCAUAAAAUCAGUGUCAAUACUCUCCCUUGUAGCAACUAUAAUUUUCAGCCAAGUUGGGAAAUAGUGACCUAAAAUGGACCCUUCUGGGCAUCCAAACUUUCAAAUUUCCAGGGAAAGGUUUCCUAGAAUUUAUUGUCCUAGGGGGAAUAAAUGGCUGCCACACUGUCAUUUUGAUCCCUCCCAGUUGCUCAAGCAUUGUCCCUCCUUUCCACAAUCUUGCCAAAGCCCCCAUAUAUGUAGUAAUUAAAUCAUUGAAGUGUAGUGUGCAAUCUCGGCAAGAGAUGAUAGUCAUGCACACUUUAAAGUGAGUCAUCCCAGUGGAUAUUUGGUGAGGUAUUGCAUUCUGUGCUCAAAAUCUAGUUCACAUAGACCCGGGGAAAAAGAAUGGGGCAUAGCAGUCAUUCAGGUCGGUUAAUUGCUCCAAGUUCUAAUUUAAUACCACUGCUCAUUUGGUUAUCUAUCUUGCCAAUACUCUUUCCAGUUAUUUGGGUUUUUAUGGAAACUCUUCCCAUUGAGAAGAAGCAUAGUAUGUGUUUGCAAAUUAAUAGCAAAGAAAAGUAAAAAAAAAAGCAAAACAAAAACAUUAGGGGAGGAAGAGGAUGGUACCAAAGACAGUGGUAAAAUUUAUUUUGGCAGGGGGUUGUUUUUUUAUUUUUGAAUGAGGGUUGUAGCCUAAGUAUGUCGUUUGAACAAUGAGACAGACUUAUAGCCAGAAAAGGGUGAUUACAAGCUAAAAGAAAUAAAUAACAAAUUGCAAAUCACUAACAAAUAAUUUACAAUAACAUAAUGAAAAUAAAACAACUGGUAAAAGUACAAUAGAUUGUCAUGGCAAUGCACUAAAUUUAACAAACAAGACAAUUUCAAAGUAUUGCAUGACAGAACAGUGAUCAUUGUGUGACACUUAAUAAAAUACUAAUCCUCUUGUCCAAACAUGUAACUAUUGAAUAGUGAGCUAUUCUUAGAAUUAAACACACUGUGCCAAAUAGCUUGCCUUAUUGAUUUUAUUUAAAAUUACAAAAAGUCUUUCUCCUCAAGUUGCCUCCAUUUUCAGUCUCUCCACAUUUCAUAAUGAUGCUGUUCUGUGAUGCUCAACAAGACUCAUCCAUCACUAUCAUCUUGCUUUAAGAUACUUGCCACAUCUAUGAACUCUUCUGUGGUCUCCUUGGUCCAAAAAGGCUCUAUCCCACUUGUAAUAAAAAAAAUCUUUGUCUUGAUUUCCCCUUCCUUACCUACCUCCAGUAAUCAAAAUCUACCAUUUCUUUUGUUGUCAUCACUGCAUGGUAACACCCUCUUGGAACUCUUAUCCCUUUUUCCUUCCUUAGUUUGAAAAGAUAUUGCUCAGUGACAGCUCCAAUAGAGCAUCUGUAGGGUUGGAAACUGUGAAGAAAAUCAGUCUGCAUUAGGAAAGAAACUCUAAUGACACUCAGCUCAUGAAAGACUAUCUUCACCAAAUAGGUAUUAAAAUGCACAUUUGGCCUACUUUCAUUGGGUUGGUUGGACUUCUUUGCUAAUGAAGUACCACCAACCAAGUAUCAGUAGGUUAAUGAUAAUAUGCUAUAAAUUAACUCAAGGAACAAUGAAAACAACCUCACCUUUAUCUUAACCCAACAAACAAAUUUAGCAAUUAAAGAAGGAACAUCAAUCAUUAGAUGUAUUUAUAAUAAUUUAACUUAAGCAGACAUAAGCAAUAAAAACAUUCAAAACUGGUCAUCAAAGGACACAUGACAUAAAAGUUAUAGUAAUUAUAAUAAUAGUAAUAAUAGUGAUAAUAAUAAUAAUAAUAAUAAUAAUAAUGAUAUCCCCCUAAACUACUUGGCAUGUUACAAGAACAUCUCUGUAUAGUAUAAAAUAAUAAUAAUCAUAAUAAUAAUAAUAAUAAUGUUCCUCUACACUACUUAACAUGUUACAAGAACAUCUUUGCAUAGUAUACAACAAUAAUAAUAAUAAAGUAAGAGGAAACCUGAGCAGAAGAAAAACCAUAAGUCACUCACAAAUUCUCCAUACCUCAUAAGAAGCAUCUUUGGGAGGCUUGAGGAGCUCAUACAGGACAAAAUCUUCAUCAACUGGUUCACUGGCUGUAAAAAAAAGCACAACAAUGCUUUCUUUAACACAUAACAAAAAACAAAUAAGGUUUAUAUAGAUGAAUAAUUAUGGAACAAAAUAGCAACAAACUCAUAUUACAAAAACAAAGAAAGAGUGAAAAUGGUCAACAUAUUAAUUACCUUGAAUAUCGUUUUCAUUUGACAACUCUGUGUCUUUGUCCAGUAGUUGAAUGUCUAAUGGAGGAAGAGGAGGGCGGAAAACAAAUGGAUCAUCUUCUAUCUUCAUAAUCCUCCCCAAAAUCCACUGAUUCAUACUUACCAGGAAAAGCAACACCAAAACCAGCAGAAACCUCUUCCAUGGUUUUUUCAGGACUAAAUGGACUCACUCCUGUUCUGUAUUUCUUGAUUCCAUCUUCACCUGUUCUUGCACUGCUGUCUUCGCCAGCACAAAGCACAAAACAGUAUCUGCCAAUUUUUCAUAAACGUAUGUCUGGCAUCCAUUGAGGCUACAAUCUCCUAAAUAAAAUAUAGUAUUUGUGAUUAAAUUAUAGCUAUAUAAGAUUGCUACCAAUAACUUACAUUUAUUGAUCAACCCUUUACACCCUAACAUCAGUUCAAAUAUUCUCCAUACUGCUCUUUAUACAUUUCCUGAGAUGCUGACAAGGAGAACUUGUUUAAAAAUCAAGAGCUUUAUAAGUUGUUGGUCAUUUCCUUUAUUCUCAUGACCUUAAUGUAUGAUUCAGGGGUGAUAUUGUAAGGAGAAAUUAGAAGCUAGUCACGUUAGGGGUUAAAGGGUUAAGAGUGUUUCUUUCAUUAAUGUAAUGCAAACUGUACAUAACUGGUACAGCAGAUCCUAUUUAAUGGUCAGAGAUGACCUUUCUUCAAUUAGGUAACUGGAAUUGAGGCAAUGGAAGAUAUUAUUGCAUGCUCAGUGUGCUGUACGUAGCAUGGUAGUAUUUAAAGUUUCCUGUUCCUGAAUUUCAGCUGUGGAUAACUGUUGUAUUCCACCACAAUUAUUUUCCAGCCCCUCUAAGCUGUUCUCAGUUUCUCAGCAGGAGUUAACUGUUGUAUUCCAGCACUGUUAAUUUCCAGCCCCACACAACUGUUCUGAGAUUACCAGCAAGGAAUAAAUAUUCUUUUCCCGUACUUACUUGUAUUUUCCAGCCCCUGCAAGCUGUUCUGUCUUUUUUGUUUUCCGGCUGGAGGUAACUGUUAUUUCUAAGCACAAUCAUUUUCUAGCCUCUCUAGGCUGAUCAGAGUUUUCCUGCUCUAGUUACCUGUUAUUUUCCAUAAGACAGACUAAUGUACAUAAGGACCCAGGGCAUGGAGCAAAGAAACCUUCCUUGGAAACCUUGAGAACAAGCCAAUAAUGUUUUUAAUUGCUCAGAUCAAACUAAAAAAUUUAAUUGUUUUUUGAAAACAAUGUCAUAUAAUGUUAUAUAAUGUUAAAAAUAUCAAGCCCAACAGUAAUUCUGAACACAAAAUUUAAAAAAUUUGACACCUGUGGAGUAUAUGGCAUUGCUUAUGAAUGAGACAAAAAUGUGCUUUUACACUCCCAUCAUGCCUAAAUAAUGUCUGAGUAAAAUUUAAGCUCAAAUGUAGUAUUUUCAGCUUAUAAAUCUACUCCUGGUGGGUAGCUCUGGCAACCUAUCUUUACAUGUAACUGCCGAUGAAAUAACCCUCCAUUUUCAUAAAGAUCUACACUUUUAGAACCUUCUUGUCAUUUUUUUAAAGCAUGGCCUUUCAAACUUUUUCUUUUAGCUCCAAUGAUAAAAAACAUUUAGAGAAACUCAAAUAAUGAACAAGCACAACUAGUGCUUAAUUACUAAGUUGGCAAUUGACUGAGACACCAUUAGCACCACAAUAAAAAAAGGAAGAACCCUCAACUGGCUAAAACAUGCAUCAUUCAGUUGCAUACUAUUAUUUUAAGCGCAAAGAAGAGCGCAAUGUUUACAAAAAUCAUUUUGUGAGGUCUUAUGAGAUCGAAAAAGAAGAUUUGAGUGUUUAAAAGACGAGAUAGUGGUUCGUUUUUGCACGCGAAGCCCUCAAACUCGUGCAAUAAUUUGCUGCUAAAAGUGACGAUUUUAACCGAAUUUCGUUAUUUGUAUUUUUCUCUGAAAUAAAAAGAUAUUGCGCCAAAAAAAGUAUGCAGUGAUUUUAGUUAUAGUCUAGGCUAUCUAACAUUAAAAUAUGAAAGAAAUCGAAUUUUCCACCCUUGCCGCGAUAUGUUUGAUUUUUACAGACAAGCGCUCUUAAAUCUUCUUUUUCCAUAUAUAACCCGCUAUACUUUAACUCUAAUUUAACCACUGAAGCAAUCAACAGAGAUUGGAAUACUUGAGAGGGCUUGAAAUCCUGGCCAUAGAAAUCCUGAGGUCCUCAAGUAUGAAGGUUUUAUAUCUUGCUACAUUGCAACUGGUUUAUGAUAAGAAUUUUUUCCACAAUCACAAUAUACAUGCGUGUCAUUCAAGAUUCCAUUUCGACAUGUUUUUGUCUAAUUAACUAUGAUGAGAAAAAUUAAAUAGAGUUAAAAUCAUUCAAAAUGAAAAUAUUUACCAAUAUAAAGAGAGCUACAUCAUCAUCCUUCAUAUUUGGUUAAUAGAACAUGCAAAUACUGAAGUAAAGAAGGAUUAAGUUCAUAUGCUUUGAUUUGCAUUGCAGAAAAGCCUUCCAGCUGCAAAAGAAAAACUAUCAUGUUGCUGCCUACUUGUAGUGUCAAAGCAUGUGCCAAAUGUCAGUUUCUAGAGGAGACUGAUGAACAGUGCAGAAGCCUAUGUGUACAGAAACCUGGAACUGCUCGGCUUUUAUGCCUUAUAUGUAACAAGGAAUGGUCUUCCCUAGAAGAGUUCAGUUGGAGAAGCUCAUUAAAGAAAUGAUAGAUUGAGCUCCUAACUUGCUUCAUUUCAUGACCACUGUCUCUUUCCUUUUGCACAAAAGUACAAGUACCUCCAGUGUGUGUGACAUAUAUGGUUAUGUAGUAAAUACUCAACGCUGAGAGCUGAACCUUUUCCAAAAACUCAUGUCAUCGUCCUUGGUAUUGAACAUUCCAAUCAUGAGGUGGAUAUCAUUUUAGUAACUACAAGUAAAUAGUAAAAUAGUUGUUAAAAAAUUUUAUUCUCACUUGAAAUAAAAGGUAAGAAAAAUUGUCAAAGGUAUAUUGUUUGCCAGGGGCGGGCUCUAUUAUGAGCAUGCGCAGGAGUCAACCGGAAGUCAUUACUAAAGAAUGUAGUCAUGUACAUUUAAAACUGGAAUCCCACAAUUUAUUUGGCGACCGUACCGCCGGCAAGGAGCCAAAAUGACCCUGGGCUCGAGAUUGGACUCGUGCCUAAAGUGGAUUGGUUGUAUUGCAGAAAUGAAGACAUAAUCGAACAUGACGCUAUCAAUUGUCAGUUGCCCUUUUGCGAAGAGUCACUCAAUGGUUUAACACUGGAAAAAAUAUCAAAUAUUAUCAAAUAUCCAAGUUGGUUUAAACUUGGGUUUUACUUGUUUUUUGUUGGAUUUUCACUAAAAUCCAAAAAAAGUUUUAAAAAAAUUCCAAUUUCGAUUUACAAGUUGGAUUUUUUAUUAAACAAACUGGAAAAUAAGAGAAAACCAUAAUUGGAAAAGCUAUCAUUCAAAUAAUCAUAUUAUAUUCAUUAAUUUGGAUUUUCACAAAUCCAGACAUGGAUUUAGCUCAUUACUUAUUUGUAUUCUAAAGAUAACCAACUUUGUUAGCUCAGUUAUCCUAGUUUGGAUUACCAAACAACAGGCUUGGAAUUGCACUAUCCCAGUAAUAACCAAAACUGGAAAAAAAAAAAAAGGAGAAACCCAUAACUGGAAAAGGGACUAUCCAAAUAGUCACUUGAAUCAGCAAUUUGGAUUUUAACAAAUCCAGAUAUCAGUGGAUUUACCUUAUUACAUGUUUCUAUUCUAUAGAUAACCAACUUUGUCAAUUGAGUAAUCCAGGUUCUAAUUACCAGAUAACAAAAUUGGAAUUGCACUACUACAGAAAUGUUCUUUAAACCACAUAUUUUGUUUGACACUAAACCAACUUUACUAGGUAAAAGAUUUUUUAGUAAACCUAAAUAAUGGAUAAUGACCUUUCCAGUCUAAUGAAUAGUCAAAGUCAAACAUUGCUGGCUUUGUGUGAUAGCCAACUACAGUAUCUGUAAAAAAACACAUUCACCACAAAAUGUCCUAGCAGCCAGUCUACAAGGAGCAGCUUUCAACAGAACAGUCACCACAGUCGUGGUGCUUUAAACAACAACAUGCAUUUUGUCCUUUCUUUCCUUAGCAGUUUCAGUUUACAUUUACUGGCAAUUGGAUUAAGUUCCUUCAUUCCUUUAGCUGAAAAUAAUACUGAUGGCUGACCACCUUGUCUAUCCAGACCAAGGUGAUCAAGUCAGCUGACACACUUGCCACUGACUUGUGUAAUGACCAAGUACUGCGAACAACAAUAUCAUCACAAAAUAUUAUUCAUAAACUCGAACAUCAUCAUCACAGCCAUGAUUCUUUAAACAACAACCCACUUUUUGUCCUUUCUUUCUUGAGAAGCUUCAGUUUAUGAUUUCUGGCAAACAGAUUAAGUUCCCUCAAUAGCUGAAUAUUUCUGAACUUGUCUAUCCACACCAAAAUGAUGAAGUCAGCUGACACAGUACUACUUGUCAUGGGCAUUGACUUGCGGUGCAACAAUCAACAGUCACCUGUCAUUCAGAACCACAUCAUCUCCAGCGACAUUUCCUAAGGGAGCAUUCACUUUAACAUUCCCCCUUUUAAAAGGGCACUUGCAACAGCACAGAUGUGAGCAGUUUUGUCUUUGUUCCUGAACAGUUUCAGAUGAAGAGUUUUGGCAAUUGGUUUUGGAUCCUUGAAAGGUGGACGUCAUUGAUGAUUGCUCUGUCCAGCCAUACCAAGAUACCGGUAAUGGUUUCUGCUGAUGAUAAAGUGAGUUCUGAAGAAGAGACAUUUAGUUAAACUAUAAUUACACAGUGGUAUCUAGUCACGACAACCACUUGCCACAGGGUUGUUACUUCCUACCACAAAAAGCAAAUUGGCUUUCAAGCCAGAUACUAGAGAUUUUAAUUUUACAGCAUGCAGGUAUUUCCAGUACAGUAGGAUUACUGCGAAUAGUACAUUUACUGAAUUAAGUACAAAGUGCUCACCUUAGAACCCAUACUAAGCUCGUUGUUUAACAAACAGAGAAGCCUUGACUGUGCUCUGUUCUGUUAUAAAGCACGCAGGAAGCAGCUAGAGCACGAAAGAAGGGUAGGGAGAAACACGAGACGUUGUCGAGCGUUUCUCCUCACUUCUUGAGUGCUCUAGCCGCUUCCUAAGUGCUUUAUAACAGAGCAGAGCACAGUCAAGGCUUCUCUGUUUGUUUUAUAAUAAAGAAUCCGUUAAAUUCCUCAUGCAUUACUUUCAAUUCUCAAAACAAACUUUAGUAUCAAAGCGAACAACAGUGUCGUCAGCAUGCUCUAUACUCUCAUAGAGCACGCUACAAUAAGCCAAUCAGAAUCCCUGUUAAAAUGGUUCAAAUAAUCUGAUUAGCUGUACAAGACAAAAGCUGUCAAAAGUGUCAAACCAUCAAAGUUCACAAUCUACGAUAGUUUACAAACUAAAAUAGUUCGGCAAGUCGAAUUUUAAUACAGAAUCUUGAAGUGAAAUGUUCAGUGAACUUCAGCCGAAUUAUGGCUCAUAAAAACACGCGAGUUUUUUCACAUGACAAGAUAGAAAACAAACUGUUCAAGGCAAGUGGUUUUUAAAUGAACGACAGCCGAAUUCACCGGAACAUGAAGAUCGCUCGGGGUGACAGCGCUGAAAAACUCGGCUGCAGUGACUGAAGUGACUUUCCACUCAACGCAUCGGAAAGGAUAUCAGAGCGAGCUCUUAUUUUUUCACUCGAAGGGCGGCCGAUGUAGUUUCUGAGGCUUGCUUUACUAUGAUGACCGGAGAUCACCAUGAUAAGCGAGCCGCGAUGGACUUCAGCGUGAUCAUAUUUGCUCAGACACCGUCAUGAUUGGCACGAAUUUUAACAGUUAUGCCAGUUUGGUUAUAUUUUUCAUCAUUUCUGUUUUGUUCUGUUUUGUUUUUGAACUCUGAACUUUAUAUACCAUACGAGUGUUAGCUAUGUUUGAUUUUUAUUACAGUUCGUAAGCUUGCAAUCUAGCUGAGCGUGAAAAUCUUUAAAAAUUCGGAAUAUCUAUUUUAAUUUUCCUUUGAGGAGUUUCGUAUCUGCUCACGUUUUAAUAAGGUAAAUUAUGGCGCCUGAUAUGUUUACAAACCUUUGUUUGGUUCUUCUGUUGCUACUUGCCGGCUCGCUUGUUCCGAAAUCUCACUUUCAAUUAUCGGAAAAAGGCUAAAAAGAAGUCCCGGAAAAGGUCGAACAUAGUACAAUUUUGCAGAUAGCGUAACAGCUUUAGCUCAGUUCUAUGCUCUAUACUCUCAUAGAGCACGCUCUUUCAACCAAUGACAGCGCGUUAUAUCCGAACUUUAUUACAAUAAUAAUUACAAGAUAGGUGCAUGUGUAAUCAAUACAGCACAAUGUGUUUACCGUUACGGUGCUACAACUAAACUCAGCAAAAUGUUUGUGAGAAACAUUAAGUUCCAGAUGGAAACUUAAAGAAUUUGCCGUCGGUGUUUCAGUUAUCAUCAGACGACGCAAAUUUUGGUGAUUUAACGUUGUUGUUUUGUCGAGGAACUAAGAAAUGUAUAAAGAUUUAAAACGCACGUACUGAGCUAUUUUUCUGCCCAUUAGACCAUUGUUUUGCUAGGUUCGCCGUUUGCUCGAGGUUCUUAUUAGCGGAUAAAUAUAUCCUGUCACGUGCUUUUCAAAAUUCGUGGAAUUGACUACCCCCAAGCGAUGAAUAUUGACACUACAUAUAAAAAUGAGAAAAACUUAUAGUUCUCUGGGAAAAACAAGUCGGUUUUCGUGUGAAAACUCCAUCAUUAUCGUUUGCUAGUUUACAUUUUAAUUACCUCCACUAAAAAAAUAUCGUAGUACGCCAUAAGUAAAGUUUUUAAAGGCUCCACAGCCGUCCAAAAAAGCCUUCCAUAUCCUCUUCAACAGUCCAUUCUCUUGCUCUUGAUUCAGAGGAAUCUGUCUCGGGAUAUCAUCAUUAGCACCAGGGUUGCAACCUGAUUGAUUUUCAUUCUCAGGCAUCAGCGUUUGAUUUUCGUCGUCUUCAGAGGACGGGAGAGCGCAGACCGUGCUUGUGGUGGUUGGAGAACUGUCUGGAUAUUUUAAACGGCCCUCGUUAAUUUUGACGAAUGCUAACCCUGACGGAAUACUCAUGACAUUGAAGCAUUUUAUCCAAAGAUCUGAGGGCCAGUUCUCACAUUCGGGGAGGCAAAGUUGUUUAUAAUUUCCCGUCGGAACCAUGGGAAUUUCUCGGCGCACUUGUGAUUGAACCCCAAGACUGGCUAGGAAAUCACCGAUUGCUUUUUCCUAGAGGUACUUCUCUCCCGAGUAAAAAGCUAGGUCAUCCUCUUCAUCUGGAUCUUUGGUAUUCAAGUUAGCAUGGGUUAAAGCCACCACGCUUUUCUCCCAUACUUUACUCCCAAAAGCCUCUGUCAGGGUUCGCAUUGCCUUUUUAUCCUCGUCAUAAAACCGUCUCUCGGUCAUAUUGAUGCAGUAAAUCAUAACAUAAAACCCCCGUCUUAACUUCCUCUUCAUGUCUAUGACAAACCGACUUUCAUUGCACGUUCCAUCUUGCAGACCUGGUGAAUGCCACACAAAUACUUCGAUAUCAUUGAUUUCAAUGCGGUAUGAAGUGACGGUGUCGGUACAAGGGCUUUUGGAUUGACCUUCCUUCGCAACUGACUCUCCAACAAGAGCGUUUACAAGACGAGAUUUACCGACACCGGUCUUGCCACUGAUUAGGAUAGACAAGCGUUUUGGGUAUAUUUCUGAAACCCAUUUUGAAAAGGCAGACUUCAAUGCUUCUGUAGCAUUGUUGCGGAAUGUUUUGGCCAUUCUUCACAAUUUACUCACUGCCGGGUCAGUUAGGCGAAAUUACCUGAAAGGUAAUCAUUCGUUGAAGAGUGCCACUAUGACGUCACGCAACAUUUAUUGAUUUCAACACGUGGUUGGUUACCGCAUAGCAGCGCCAUACUAGAGAGCCUAUCGUUAAACAAAGCUUUCGAGAAAGGUCAAGGGUGACUAUUCAAGAGAAAACGAAGCGUAUUUUGCCCUCGUAUUCCCUGUAUUUAGUAUUUGAAGCUCAUUCUUGGAUAGAUUUUAAGAAUUUUGCUUUUUAAACAACUGUGGAGCGUUUUUGGGCGCAAAAUUUCUUCCAUCGUACAGGAUUUCCCGUCCGGAAACUAUACUACUCUUUUGUAGUGACAUAUCCUCUGGAAUCCGCAACGGAUAACUCCAAAUGCUUCAGGCCAAUGAGAAAGAAUGAGCCGCCCCGUUGCGUAGAGGUUUGCAUCGGCCUACCAGACAAGACACUCUCUGGAAAGCGCUAAUGUGUUGCGGGAAUAAGUAGAUAUCGCCACCUUGUGAUUAGCCUUUUUUUUUAAAUCUGACUCACUGAAAACAGCUUGGCAUGCGAUCCCUUCCCGAUGACUUGACAUGUACAAGUAUGCAACAGCGUUGGAGCAUUCCAAGGGGAAAAAACUACACAUCAGCAAGAGAUCUAGGAGGUGUUGGUAAAGAAACUGCAAAUGGGGGCACAUUACAAAAAAUUCACUAGAAGUACACUGUGCUCUCCAUCAUCUCAGUACAACGUCCUCACCAAAGAACAUUUUAACGGAAUCGAACCAAACCCUCUAGUAUAGACAGUGUCUCUGGUUCUAAAGAAAGAUCAAGCCAGUAGCCUUCCUGUUGUCCCUUGCAAAUUUGGAAAUGCACAUAAUCUACCACAAAGUACCUGUGAGUGAGGUAAUUUGCCAUCUUCGUUCUUUCCCACAUUAAUAUUCUUCUCUCCUUUUGUAAGAAUGUAGACAUCACUCACAAUGUUUCAAGUGAUCCACCCACCCUACAAAAAAGUAACUCUUGCAUGCAUAGCAUGCCUAUGUUUUGAAAUAGGUGUAUACCCUUGGCCAGACUUGAGCGCACUAUUUCAGUAUACUAGUCCGACACCCGUAGUAUCACUACACUUGAUUCCAAGGAUCCAGUACCAUCCAGGUAUCCCAGUUACCCUGCUCACAGGGUCUAGUUUUCUUUGAAGUUUCUGCUUAGAAGUCAUUAUCCAGGACUUAUUAAAAGAAAAAAAUGGCGCGAAAAAGCGACGCACGUAACCGUCCGUUCAUUCUGCAGUUGCGGCGUGCACUUUGUAAGAGCUAAUCGCCUUGACUUUUGAGAGAACAGCAAAAGAACUACCAACUUUGAAAGGUACGUGAUACAUAUUCAUGCUCAUGGUUUUAUGGUGGUAAAUCACUUUUUCAAUGUCCAAAUGGUCAGUAUUUUAUUUUAGGCUGAAAUUGAAUCACGCAAAAGACCUUUCCGGCGUGCUUUCAACUCUUAUCAUAGGAAAAAAGAAUGACCCUAGGCGUCUUUUAUGAAUCACAUACACUUGUUUAAUCAAAAUAUGUUUCUGAGCGCAGAGAUAAAUAGACUAUUCUCGACUAGACAAGUUCUAGUGCUGCCGUGAGGAUUUAAUUGGAAAAAGUUCAAACAGGAAAUCAGAGCAUGAACGGUCGUGGUUCGCGUGUAAUGUUCAUUUCUGCCGGACACCAAAGUCACUGUCUUGAAAAAGAACUUCAAGCACGUUAAAGAUUAUAAAACUUUAUUUUUAUGGGAGGUUCGUUUUGUGAAUAGAGCUCGUUGAAAAGAUUACAGAUUUAAAUAAUAAAUGCGGUAUCCACACCCCAUAUUUGGGGCCGAUUUUGAUCAAGUUUCUUGGUUUUCACUUUUUCUUUUUCCUCUUCUUGUCACCGGCCACCGGUAGAUGGCUAACUAUUUAGUGGUUGAAUAGUCAAAGACUGGCUAUGUAUCAUUAAACCCGCCGCAACUUGAGGCUUUAGCCUCACGAUCAGUGAUUGCUCGGGACGGCUUUACACAGUGCAACGCAGUGCCCAUGCAGUAUAAAGCAGAACUUUGGAAAGGCAAAAUUUUAUCUAUCCAUGGUGAGUUGCUCAUGUCAAUUGUGUCAGAAAAUGUAUAGCCUGACAAGUGAUUUCUAGGUUAGCUUUCACAGAAAAGCUGUGUCGGUUGAAUUGUUUUAGUAAAUUAAGUUUGCCAAUAAAUCGUUCUUGAAUCGCGUAAAGGAAAAAACAAUUGCUUUUUUUUUGCAAGUUAAAAAUGCGGACUGUUUUUUUGAAAGGAAAGAAUUAUCUCGCCUUUUUGACCGGAAAUUGACGCGUAAUUGCGAGAUAUAUUGGUAAAAGCCGCAACCAACCGCAUUGCGAGAACUGACAAUUAAUCUGGAAAAGCUCUUUGUUAGACGCCUGCCUCGUGGUUUAAUUAUUUGUAGUUUGCAGAACUUUUCCAAAUCCAGACGAGUCGAACAAUCCUCACAAUUUCUUUCGUUUUGCGAAAGAAAUUUCACGAAAGCCAUUUUAAAGCCAGCUGUCAAGAGCCAGCGCGUAGAAAUCAUGAAAAUUACAAACACGGCUACUUGCGGCGAACUUUGCCCUUAAUAGGUGUGACAAAUUUUCGCUGAGAAAUAAGCCGCGUUUCCCACAAACGAACAAUUGACAAUGAAGGGAGCCUCACUGGGAUGAUAACUUUUUCGGCUAACAAUUCAAAUUUUGGCGGAUUUAUGGCUAACAGUUAAUAUCUUGCCAUUGUCGUCUACAGAAAUUUUUUCACUGUUAACUUGUUUUUCUACUAACGGUUAAAAUUACUCAAUUUUAACGCGUAACGGCUAAAUUUUUCGGCCGUUUAACAGCUUACGGCGAACCCCAUUGAGACCCUCAUUGAGGAAUGUUUUUGAGAAAAGAGUUAAGAGUUUGCGAAUAUCUGCAGUCAUUCUUACACUGCAAGUCAAAAGUCGAUCCUUCAGUGCUCAAGGCUAAUAUAAGUGUAGUACCGAUUAAAGUCUCUUUAGAGGAGAGAAUCCAGCGGAGUCACCCAUUAUUUAAUGACACAUUCACUUAAAAAGUGUGAAUUUGCAACGUGAUAAAAUCGAAGAUUCUAGCCGCUGUAGAUGCAUAAUCUUGUUUUUCUAGUAGAUCAGGGGGUAAAAUUUCUGCACAGCCCCAUACACAGCCCGAAAAUUUUACCUUUAAAACUCGCAAAUUACUUGCAGUUUGCUGUUGAUGAUCUUCUAAAUCUAGCCGAGUUUCUUUUUUUCUCAGUACUUUGGGAUGAAUAGAUUCGCGGAACUUUUUCAAAACGUCCUAUGUUAUCUUAUGUAGUUUUUAAGAUCAGACUUAUCUAUCUGAGACUGAUGCAAUUAACUGCAUUGUAAUUUUUUUGUCUACAUCAUUGAAGACAAGAAGAAGGCUGCAGACAAGGAAGUAGCUCCCGAAUGCAUCACCCCAAGCCCUGCAAGUCGGAAGGCGGUUGAUUACAAUAAAAACAAAAGGGCCAGGACUAAGAAAUCUCUUGGAACAGACUUUGAAUUUCAUUACGUACUGGCUGCAACAGAGACAGCAGCUCUGGAUCUGAGGGUACAUGUAUAUACAGUAUUACCCCGUUAAUUCAAACUCGCAAGGGAAACAAAAUAUGGUUCGCAUUAGUGAGUGUUUGCUGACAGCAAAUGACUGAAAAACAUGGGUCAAGGGAACUCAGAGUUGUUCGAGUUACUAGUGCGUUUGAGUGAACCGAGUUCAAGUAAGCGGGGUCCUACUGGCCUUAAAUUGAAGUUAAAUUACCUGAGCAGCCUUCAUAUUUUUUCAGGUUUUAAUUUGUAUACAAAAGUUAUAGAUUAAUUGCCAUUGAAAGGUUGUCUUCUGGCAAUAUGCCCUGCAAUGGCAGUUUGAAAUUCCAGCCAUAGCCACAUCCAUCUGUGAUAUUUUUCAAUGUCUUUAUAAUAUGUUCAUUCACUUUUAUACGGUAAUCUAGAAACAGAUGUUGAGGAGGUGGAUAAAACACCAGCAAGAAAGCCAAACGAGAAAAGAAAGCGAAAGGGUAAGGAUCAGGGAGUUUGUAAUAUGCAUGCAUAUGCUCUGAUUGGCUAAGCUCUAUAGCUAGCAUUAUUCUACCGUAAUGCCCAUGGGCCAAUUACAAAAGUUAGCUUCAUGAUCAUGUUUUUUUAUAAUUUAGUGGUAUUAGAUUUGCUUUUAGUGUCAAUCAAGUCAUCAUUCAGAAUAAUGUGUAUAUAUAUAUAUAUAUAUAUAACUUUUUCCCCUAUACAUUGCAGAAACUGAUGGUGAGGAACAGGAUGUACAAAUUGUUGAGCUAAAGAGAAAAAAAAGUCACAAAGAAAAUGGUUGGUAUAACCCUGGUAUUACCAUUACUGUUAUUAUAAGGAACUAAAUGCAGUAAGGAUCAUUUGACUUUGAUUUAACGAUCUCCAUCACAAAAUGUACAACAAAUUUAGUUAUUUGGUGGUCAGGAGUAUGUUUGGAGUGUAUUUAAUUUUCUUUUGCCUGAAGGGAUAUAACAUAUUACAUUAAUAAAUCAGGGUUGCUACAGUCAAGGAAAAAUCAGAAAAAACAAAUUUCUUUAAGGUCACAGAUGACUGUGUCAAUGAAUUGCAUAUCAUUUCAUGGAAAUUCAAAACUUUACUUGGAAGUCAAUUAAAAGCUGGGACACUUUACUCUUUGUUGAGCCAUCAGGUUUCUGAAAAUAUUUCAUUACAUCAACACUGUUUCAAAGAUAGGAGAGUCAGAUACCAUAGCUUCCAUUAUUUGCCAUAGAAAAAAUGGUAGAACCAUACAUUGCACAAAAUUUAACAUUAUUUUACUUUCACUGUACACAGGCCCAGGGAAGAAGCUCAAAAAAACAAAGAAAAGUACAAAAGGUAAGUAAAAUGGAAUAAUAAGUAAAGUUCAAGUCAGAGUGAUCAUUAUUAACACCAUGUAUACACAUCAUCCUGGCUAAUUAGAAACCCAUCUAUCUGGCUCUAGAGUUACUAAGAUUGAACCCACAUGUCAUUGAUUGGUCUGUUAGCUGAAUCAAAUCUUCAUUAAUUUUACCUAUGAUCUGCAUUAAAAAAUUUGAAUGACAUAAAUUCCAGGUCUCAAGCAAGGGAAACUGUCCACCAACAAGCAACAACAGUUGCAGAUAGUUGCUGCACAGUGUGAACAAGUGAAGGCACUUGUGGUUGAUGAGGAAGAAGACCUCCCUCACAUGCCAGCACCUAGUGUAGCAGUUAUUGACACUAAAUCCAGUAUGGAAAGUGACAGUAUCCAUGGAGGCUGUCACAACAUGCUCUGCAUAAAGGAAAAGCAAAGACUAAGGGAUGAAGUAGAGUCCCUCAAGAAAAAAAUUAGCCGAAUAUGCUGGUUAGUUGAGCUAACAUAUAUAUAUAUAUAUAUAUAUAUAUAUAUAUAUACAAGUCUGUGACAGGUUUUGAGUACACUUAACAACAGGAGAACAUGUGUCUUGGCCUUACAAGCAUAAAGAGUGUUCAGAAGGAGCAGUUGUGAAGACCUGCAUUAGCACUAUCCAAGUACAUCUUUAUCUACAGAUGUGUUUGGACAUUGAUGUAUCAAAAUAAAUCAAGGGUUGUAUCAACCCGUUACACCCUAACAUCAUUAUACAUAAGGAGAAUUUGUUUACCAGUCUAAAGGUUCCUUCCCUGCAUGAUGACCAUUUCCUUUAUUCUCAUGACAUUUAAUUUGUGAUUUAGGGUUCAAAGGAUUAAUUGACAGAUAUUAUUUGCUGAUGAGAUGACACCUGAUUCUAAGAAAAUUUAUGAUAAUAAUUUUUUUUUUUAAUCUGACAGUGGCUAAAGAAUUAACUCCAAAUCCAGGAGAGGUAUAUAUUCAAGAUAAGGAUAUACUGAGGUACGGAAAAGUACUCAGGCAAGAGGCACUUAAUAGGAAGGUAAAUAGUUUACGUAUAGAUAUGCCUCCAACUUAUAGCCAUUAAUAACAGCAACUGACAAAACUAAAGGCAAGUAAGGAAACACCAUCCUCUUUGGCUUGCUCCAAUGUUGCGUUUUUAUUUACCUAGUCAGUGUGCAUCUGUGGUGUUUGUCAUCUAAUAAUAUACAUGGAAAAAUUACUUAGUUCUGAUUGGUUAAGAUAAAUGCAGUUUUCAGGUAAUUCAGUGCAGAAGAGAGUUAAUUCAGUGCAGAAGAGAGUUAAUUCAGUGCAGAAGAGGGUUAAUUCAGUGCAAAGAAAGAAACAAAUCAGACAUUCUGAUUGGUCAAUAAUCAAAGAAACUCACAGAUAGCCAAUCAAAUGCGAGCCUUGGAUGUCGCAACAAAAUUUGAAAAUUUUGAAAAUUUGCGAGCGAAACGAUGGCCGGUGUUUUAAGUAGGCUUUCUUUCGCCACCACAGCUGAAAAACAGCUUAAACAACGAAAACACUGUAAAAAGCACUGCUCUUUGGUUGUUGGUUUGGAAAAAGCGGUGUUUAGAGAAGGGAAUUGCCGAGGAAAUCGAAAAUUACGAGCCGACCCAGCUUAACACUUUGCUCGAGCGAUCACACGCCGAAAUUAAAAACAAACAUGAUUAAACCUCGGAAACGACGAUUCCAUUUCAUCGAAAGUGAUUAGGACACAGACUGAACAAUUCCUUGAACUGUUUAGCCGGACUUUGAACUUUUUUGCACCUUAAAGAUGUGAAGAUAUCAUUGCAUAAUUUAUUAUUAUUUUGAUCGUACGCGGUUGUUUUGACCGAACGCAAGGUUUGAAUAAAUGAUUUUUGCACUUGACGCGCGAGCUUUGCUUAUGUUUAAUUAUGAUUAGCCAUCUUGCAUUUUUCCAUGUAUAUAAUUAACACGUAAUCACAUGAUUUUUCUCGUGCAAUUUGGAAUAAACAAGCACUUGUUAAUUUUUUCAAAGACCACAAAUUGCACUCGCCCUAGGGCUCGUGCAAUUUUGUUAGUCUUUAAAAAAUUUACUCGUGCUUAUUUAUUCCAAAUUGCACGCGAAAUCAUGUGAUUACCUAUACAAAUCUUCUAUCCAUCAUUUGCAUCAUGUAGUCAUAUUAAACCUUUAACUGCUAUGAUUUGAUUGUUAAUUCUCCUCUCUAGCUGCUACACAUUUCCUUGAUAACAAGUUAUGUGAACAUGAUAUUAGAUCAAGAUAACUGCUUCUCACUGAUACGUUUGAGUGUUCUCAUGACCUGUUUGCUGGAUGAUGUUUAGAUAUUAUAGGGAGAAGUUACAUGUUAAUCACUUUUGCAAGUUAAAGGGUUAAAUAAUUAUGUAAGAUUUUUUCCUUCCUCACAGUGGGAAGAAAUAGGUAAUGGAGUCUGGAUAGAUCCAAUCAGGUUGCGUGCAGCACAAAAAGAUGCCAAAUCAAAAACAGCUUUUGCAAGGAUGGUCUUGAUGUUUUUUUUACAAAAAAGAGGAGUUGAAGGGCAAAAGGUUCCAUGAACUAGACCAAGAUAUUGUGCAUGCCAUUGCAGGUUGGUAUUUAAGUUAUAAAUAUAUGUUCUACCAAGAAUGGUAUUUAUAAUAAGCCGUAAAAACCUUCAGUUAAUUACUGCAAUGAUUAAAGCAAGCCUUUAUCAGUUAGUUAGUAUCCAUAUGAAUAAUGAAGCCACAAAUGCAUAAUUACUCAGAUGUUUUCCAAUUGAAUACCAGCAAAUCAGUGAUUUUACAUCAAUAUACUAGCUGCCUGUACCAUUUAAGAAGGUUUUAAUAAACAUCCCAAAUAAUCAAUGACAAAUGUAUUUGCAAUAUCAAAAUCACUCUUUGCCUUCUAAUUACAAUCAUUGUAGACUUGACUUAUUUGAAAAGAAAUUAAAAUUGUUUUAAUCAAACUAGCUAUUUUGCAGUUUAAAUUUGCGAGACUUCUAGGAUGUGGCUGUGUGAUGCAAAUAUCUCAUAUUUAAUGUGUCUGCAAGCCUCAUGAAGGGUACUAUGGCAAAGUGAUGGCAGGCAUAACCCCUUAAAUCUACCAAGCGUUGGCAGCCAUGCAUGAACAGCUGUUUUACAUUUUAUCAGCAUGGCAUAAGGCUUAAGUUCCAUAUCGGCCAGCUAUUCACAUAUUUCAGUUUGUUUUAUCUCAUUGCUACUUUUCAUUUCUAUCUCAUUCCUAGUUUUACACUACCUUCCUACUAGCUGAUAAUCCUACCUGAUUUUCUGCUAGUUUUUAGUUAUCUGAUUUCUAGCUUAAUGCCAUUUUGAUUCUAGUUAAUUGCUAUCUACCAGAGAAUCGUUUCUUAUUAUUUUGAUCUACGUUAUCUAAUUCCUAGUUUAUUUCUGCCUUAUGUCUAACUGCUAUUUUUCUGCCCAUUAGAUCUUUUGUUUUGCUGGGUCCGCCGUUUGCUCAAGGUCCCAGUUAGCGGAUAAAUAUAUCCGGUCGUGUGCUUUGCAAAAUUUGUGGUAUUGACUGCCUCCAGGUGAUAAAUAUUGACACUACAGGAAAGGAUCAGUUUUAAUUAUCUAAGCACAUGUAAAAGUGAGAAAAACUUCAAGUUCUCUUGGCAAAACAUUGGUUUUCGUGUGAAAAUUCUUUCAUAUCGUUUGCUAGUUUACAUUUGAAUUACGCCGUCUGGAACAAAUAUCGUAUUAUGCGAUGACCAAGGUUUCUAAAGGUUUCAUAGCCGACCAAGAAAGCAUUCCAUAUCCUCCUCAACAGUCCAUCUUCUUGCUCUUGAUUCAGAGGAAUCGCUCUUGGGAUAUCCUCAUAACCAGCAGGGUUGUUAGCUGAUUGAUUUUUAUCCUCAGGCAUCGGCGUUUGAUUUUCGUCAACUUCAGGGGAGCAGGCAUCGGCGGCCGUGCUUGCGGUGGCUGCAGAACUGCCUAGAUAUUUCAAACGGCCCUUGUUAAUUUUGACUAAUGCUAACCCUGACGAAAUACUCAUGACAUGGAAGCAUUUUAUCCACAGAUCUGAGAGCCAGUUCUCACAUUCGGGGAGGCAAAGUUGUUUAUAAUUUCCUGUCGGAACAAUUGGAAUCUCUCGGCACACUUGUGAUCUAACCCUAAGACUGGCUAGGAAUUCAUCGAUUGCUUUUUCCCAGUUGCACUUCUCUUGCUUGUAGUAAGUUAGGUCAUUCUCGAAAUUUGGAUCAUGCAACAUCAGGUUAGCAAAGGUUAAAGCCACCACACUUUUUUCCCAUAUUUUCCUCCCAAAAGCCUUUGUCAGGUUACUCAUUGAGUUUUUAUCCGCUUCAUAAAGCCGUGUGUCGGACAUAGAGAUGCAGUAAAUCAUAACAUCGAACCCCUGACUUAACUUGCUCUGCAUUUCCUCAAGAUAGUCUCCGUCCCUGGACUGUCCAUCUUGUAGACCUGGUGUAUCCCACACAACUACUUCGAUAUCAUUGAUUAUAGUGCCGUACGAAGUGACGGUGUCGGUACAAGGGCUUUUGGAUCGACCUUCCUUCGCAACAGGCUUUCCAACGAGAGCGUUUACAAGACGAGAUUUACCGACUCCGGUCUUCCCAGCGAUUAGGAAAGACAAGCGCUUUUGGCGUUUUUGUGAAACCCAUUUUGGAAAGGCAGACUUCAAUGAUUCUGGGGCUUCAAUGCACAAUUUUGAGGCCAUUCUUCACAAUUUACUCACUACCGGAUCAGUCAGGCGAAAUGAAAGUAGAAGAGGGUGAAAACAGGAGGGAGGAGGCUUUGAAAGGUAAUCAUUGGUUGAAGACUGCCACUAUGACGUCACGCAACAUUUACUGAUUUUCAAUAGGUCAUUUACAGCUAGCGAUCACGUGGUUGGUUACCGCAUGGCAGCGCCAUGCUGGAGAGCCUAUCGUUAAACAAAGCUUUCGAGGAAAGUCAAGGGUGACUAUGCAAGGGAAAACGAAGCGUAUUUAACCCUCGUAUUCCUUGUAUUUGGUGUUUAAAGCUCAUCCUUGGAUAUAUUUUAAGAAUUUUUGCUAUUUAAACGAGCAGAUUACAAUAAAUUCAUCAAAAGUACUCUGUACUCUCCAUCAUCUCAGUACAACGUCCUCACCAAAGAACAUUUUAAUGGAAUCGAACCAAACCCUCUGAUAGUGUCUCUGUUUCCAAAAAAAGAUCAAGCCAGUAGCCUUCCUGUUGUCCCUUGCAAAUUUGGAAAUGUCCCCAAAGGUUCUAUACUUUCCUACCAACAGAAGUUUACUGAGGAAUAUGUGAUAAAUGAUUUCACCUGUACUGCAUUCCCAAUUUUACCUUUAGAUGGUGCUGUCAAUCGAUAUGAAAACAACAUUGCCAUUUGCUUAACAGCAAACAACAAGCAACCUUGA